AUUUCAACCUCACGAAUGCAUGCAAAACUAUCUGAAACGAGCAAGAAGAGGGGAAGCCCCGGGAAACGCACCCAACGCGCUCCUUCUAGCUUCGAAUGACGACCCGCGCCGCCUUGGUCAGCAUACUCCGCACAAUGCAUAAGUAUCUCUCCUGUUGAUUCUCCCAUAUGAUCUAGUACUCCGGAAGUCUGUAUCUGUCUUAUGAUAUUGUUCCUCUCCUGUCACACCACAACAUUGACAUCCUAAAGUAUCACAAUUAGCACCCACGAUGCUCGGGAAAAUUAUUCUGGAAGAGGCGUUUGCCUUACCUCGCCUAGAGGAGAAAACAAAAUGGUGGGCUGGCAUGUUCAGCACAGACGCAGAGAAGCAUACGCAGGAGAUCCAGGAUCUGACUGAUAUUCGCUUGAAGUUUGCGGAUCAAUACGGAGUUGGAUAUACGAUACUUUCGUACACUGCUCCAGGUGUCCAAGAUAUCUUUGAUCCCAAGGAAGCCCAAGCGCUGGCUGUUGAAAUCAAUGACUAUGUCGCCGAACAAAUCAAGCCAUUUCCCGACAGGUUGGGUGCCUUUGCCACACUCUCUAUGCACGAUCCAAAGGAAGCUGCAGAGGAGUUGCGACGGACAGUGACAAAGUAUGGCUUCAAGGGUGCAUUGGUAAACGAUACACAGAGGGCUGGAGCUGACGGCGAGGAUUACAUCUUCUACGACCAACCGGAAUGGGACGUUUUCUGGGAGACGCUCACAGAUCUCGAUGUGCCCUUGUACUUGCAUCCACGCAAUCCAACGGGAAUAGUCUUCGAGAAGCUCUGGAAGGACCGCCAGUGGCUCAUUGGCCCGCCUUUAUCGUUUGCUGUCGGCGUGAGCCUUCAUGCGCUUGGUAUGGUCACAAACGGAGUUUUCGAUCGCCAUCCGAAAGCUCAAGUUAUUCUCGGGCAUCUCGGUGAGCAUAUUCCGUUCGACAUGUGGCGGAUCAACCACUGGUUUGAAGAUCGUAAGAAGCUCCUCAAGCCUGGGCUAGAGUGCAAGAAAACGAUUCGCGAGUACUUCAACGAGAACUUUUGGAUUACGACUUCCGGCCACUUCUCCACAACAACGCUCAACUUCGUCAAGGACGAAGUCAGUGCUGAUCGAAUCUUGUUUUCAGUAGACUAUCCUUUCGAGACUUUCGAGGAUGGCUGCACCUGGUUCGAUAACGCAGAGAUGAAUACCGGGGAUCGCCUGAAGAUUGGGAGAGAGAAUGCCAAGGGCCUGUUCAAACUUGAGGAAUACAAAGAUUCAAGUGCGAAGGUAAUCUAGAUAGAUCAAAGCAUGAAGACAAGUUGAAGCUCACAUCAGAGUGU